AUGUUUGUACUAGUUAAACGGAAAAAACAAUCUCUUAAAAAGAUUAAUCACAUUUAUAUUUGCUAGUGUGAAAUAUAAUAUUUGAACUUUAACCAUAAUGAAAUUUAAUUGAUACUAUGUCNUGAAAUUGAAAUAAUUUGAAGAAGCUCUUAAGACAUGUGAAUUUAUAAUUCAAUCUGAUCCUGAUAAAUUAAAAAUCUUCUCCUUAAAAGGUAUUAUCAUUACUCAUUUAUUAGGAACCAUUUUAUCAGAAUUAAAUAAAAAUGAAGAAGCUAUAGAAUUUUUCGAUUUAGCAAAUGGAUUAGAUCCAAAUGAUUUCGAUGGUCAUUUCUAUAAAGGUUUAUAAUUAUUAUUAUUCAUAAAGGAAAGACCUUGAUAACAAUGUAAUAAUAUGAAGAAGCUGUUAAAAGUUUAGAGAGAUCUUUAGACAUAUAACCAGAAAAUGAAUAAAUAUAUUAUCUUAUGGGUAUUCAAUUUUUACAUAUUUUAGGUGUUGCCUUACUCAAACUAAAUAAAUUUCCUAAAGCUAUUGAAAACUUUACCAUAGUAACCAGCAUCAAUCCUAAAAAUUAAGAAGCAUUAAUUUUAAAAUGUACUUAAUUUAUAAUAUUAUUAGCCGAAUGUUUAAAUUAAUUAAAAGAAUAUUAAGAAGCUGUCAAAAUAGCAGAUGCAGCAGUAUAACUUGAUCCUAAUGAACCUGAAGCUCAUCUAAAUAAAGGUUAUCUUUUCUAUAUAUAUAUAUAUUUAGGUUUGGGAUUACUUAGAAUCCAAGCUUACAAAGAAUCACUAGAUUGUUUUGAUAAAGUUAUCUUAAUCGAUAAUUAAUUACAUGAAGCCCAUGCAUUUAGAGGUUAUACUUAAUAUUAUCUAUAGGAGAAGCACUACAUAAUUUAAAAAAAUAUCCAGAAGCUGUUUAAUCUUAUGAUAAUGCUAUCAAAUUAUCACCUAAUCCUAAGUAUAUGUUCAAAAAAGGUAUAUCCAUUUUUUGUUAUUUUCAAGCUGAGACCUUAAAGGCUAUGGAAUUAAAUGAUGAAGCUGAUAGCCUAAUAAAAUCAGCUUAAGAUAAAUUAGAUUAAGAAAAUUAAUCUUCUCUAAAACAAGAAUUUUAAUCAAUAUGA